AUGAUAAAUUCCAUUGAUGUUAAAAUGACUCCAACAACAUCAAUAAAUGGUAAUAAUAAAUCAACAUCAACCUAUCAUACAUUAUGUGCAUGGUCAGAAAUAGCUCAUUAUCGUGGUUUAAUCUAUACAAUGACACAAAUGGCAAAUAAUCAUGUUGUUUUAAUGAUAGAACCAUCAACAGUGCGUUUAAGUGCAAUAAAAAUACAAAUAAAAACAACAAAAAUUCAAGAUAUUGUUGCAUUAAGAUAUGAUCAACGAACAACAUUUAUUUUAUUAGCUAAUGACGGAAGUUUAAAAUUCUUCUUAGCUGAAUUAGAUGAAAGAAAUUAUUGGUUAAAUAGGUUUUAUCAAACGAAGAAAUAUUUUCCAAUGAUCGAUUUAGAUUUAAAUGAAGAAAAUUUUAAUUAUCAAUAA